AUGUUAGAAAAAGUGAUCAGAUCGGAAAUCAGAAUGGAAGCGUUUGUCGAUUCAUUUAAGGAGGCAACUAGCUCCAUGGUUAUACUAAUACAGACGAUUACAGCUGUUUGCUUUGCGCGGGAGCCUGAGUGUUCGAGGUUUCACUACGAGGAAAAGCUGUUAGAAAAGGUGAUCAGAUCAGAAAUCAGAAUGGAAUCGUUUACGGAAUUAUUAAAGAAGACAACUGACUAUGUGGAAGUAAACAUGCACACGAUUAAAGCACUAUCAAACACAGUGAAAGAGCUGCAGAAAGAAAUACAGUCCGUUGGCGUAAAGAGCAGUGGUUUAUACACGAGAUGGGGUCGGCGAUCAUGCCCUGAAAGUACGGAGCUAGUGUACGAAGGGUUCGCUGGUGGCGGACAUUUCAAUGAAAAAGGAGCGAGCAGUAACUACAUUUGCCUGCCAAAGGACCCCAUCUUUGAUAGCGAUAGACGAAAAGGGGGUUCGGCAAGCACGGUUUAUGGUGCUGAGUAUGAAACAAAUGGUGCAACGUUUCACACGAGUUUACAUGACGAAGACGUUCCAUGUGCCGUCUGCCGCGUUGUUGGAAGAAGCGUUGUCAUGAUCCCAGCGAGGAAUGCCUGUUAUAGCGGAUGGCAUACGGAGUACUCUGGUCAUUUGAUGUCUUCUCAUCAAGGCCAUGAAGCGAACAAGGAACUCGUUUGCAUGGACGGAAACCUUGAAAUGGCGGAUGGAAGUGAUGCUGGAGACCAGAAUGGUGCUUUGUUUUACUUUGUUCAAGCUGUCUGUGGCUCGUUAAAAUGUCCUCCCUAUAGCCCGAACAAGACGUUAACAUGUGUGGUGUGUUCUAAAUAG